AGUGAACGGCUGAUGCAAUCAAACAUUGAUUUUACGUACAAUUAUUGAAUGAAACACUUUAUUAGCGAUACUUUAUUUUAAUCACAAGAGUUGUCACAAGAGUUGUCACAAUCGAUGGACAAUUCAAAAGUAGCUAAAAGUGGGGCCAAAGAGACGGCUGAAGAGAUGGCCGACAAAGCGUUAUUGAAAGCCCAACGAAAGGCUCAAUUCGAAUUGCAAAUGAAAGACAAACUGAAGACUACAUCCAAAGACAUGGAAACAAAGAGUAAAUCGGAAUUAAAAGCCGAACGAAGAGCUAAACAGGAAAUGCAAAGAAUGGCGAAGCAAUCAAGUGAUCCAAAAAGUGGUCAAAAAGAGAACCUAAAUAUCAAUAAGAAUUUGACCGAAAAUAAUGGCAAACAAUCGGUUAAAUCAGUGGAAAGUGAUGUCAAAAAUGAUAAUAAAAACACAGAAACUUUUAAACCGAAAGACAUGAAUGCCGUGGAGUCGAGAGUAACGGAAGCGAAGAAAGUGAGUUCACAAGCGGUGACCACUUCCUCGACGGCCAACACAUCGCUAGUAAAAAGGGGCCAAAUCUUUGCACACAUCCCGAAGCGAAUCAAAGAUCUGAAUCAAUUGAGUGAUGGAUUCAAUGCGAAGGAUUCGUUAAUACAUCCGAUGGUUAUUCAGACGGGAUUUCAAAUGAAUAAAAACCUGAUUCGAGGAUCAAAUUCAAGAUGUGUUGCAAUGCUUUUGGCCUUUAAGAAAGUGAUCGAAGACUAUACGACUCCUCCAUCGAAGGAAUUGACCCGAGAUUUGGAGUCUUUGAUCGAUAAUUAUGUGAAAUUUUUGGCCAAAUGUCGUCCGCUGUCUAUAAGUAUGACAAAUGCCGUGAAAUUUCUGAAACUGACGUUUUCCCGAAUUCCGGCCCAAACUAACGACUCGACCGCCAAAACACAGUUAUGCGAAGCCAUCGAUGACUUCAUUUACGAUGAAGUGAUUUGCGCUCAAAGAGGUAUCGCUGAGUUGGCCAUCACUAAAGUGCACGACAACGAUGUGAUCCUGACGUUCGGGUGCUCUUUAAUUGUCAAACAUGUCAUCUAUAAUGCCAUCAAAAAAGGCAAACAAUUCCGUGUAGUUGUUGUCGACUCGAGGCCCAGAUUUGAUGGCAAAGAGAUGCUUAAAUUUCUACUCAAACACAAUAUUCCCGUUAUUUAUAUCUACAUAAAUGCCAUUUCAUAUGUGAUGAAAGAAGUGACUAAAGUAUUAUUGGGCGCGCAUUCACUUCUGGCCAACGGCUAUGUCAUG